GGGAGAUGGGACACGCGUUUUCCCGCGCUCUCCGCUCAGUCCGGCGGGUGUGGGGGGACUAUGCGUCCCGCCAGCUGCUUCGGGACGCUCCUCUGCCCCUUCGCCGACGCCGCGGGGGGCCGCUGCUCCCGGCCUCGCUGCCGGUACUGGCACGCGGUGCCAUGCCGCCGGGAGCCGCGCUCGGCCCCGCCGCGGCCGGAGGCAGCUGCCCGUUCCCGGGGGGUCUCUUCUGUAACAAAUGAGGAUGAAAGUGCUAAGCAGCACCAUAAGCCAGCAAAAGUAUUUCCAUGUGAAAAUCAGGUUGAGAAUUCAAAGACGUAUUCAUUUAAGAGCAGACGUGUUUCUACAAAGAGGUUGAAAAGUUCUUCCCUGGUGAAACUUCAAAUAAAACUUCAAGAACCUGAUGAUGAAUGUGAUCUUGUCAUUGAUGAGACACCACAACCUGUUAAUAAAAAGCCAAGAAUAAGUAGGAACUACACAGAUGUGAACAGGAACAAAGAACUGGCUGCUGUAGUAUGUGCAGAAAAACUACAUGAUAAUGCUAUAGCAGAUGUUCUUGGGAGGGGUGAAGAAAAAUCUAAGAAAAUUAUUACUUUGCCUAAGAAUGGAAAAUGUUUAAAAAAAUCUGAAAAAACAGGCAGUGUUUCUCAAAAAGCAAAGGAGAUCUAUUUGCCUGAUAUAAACACUGGUAUGUGGACGGUUCUGGAGGAAGGAGAUGCCCUUGCCUAUACUGAGGAGAAAUGUCUGUCUUCAGCUGGUUCUGUUGGGGCGGAUGUGCAGAAGGGAAUUCUGAAGCAGGGGAAUACUUCAACCACUCUAUUCCUUGAAGCAUUUGUUCAGGAACAUACUGUUGAUGAAGGCUGUGUGAGCGGUGGAAGAGUAGCACAGCCUGCCUUGUGCAUGGGUCACUCAUCUAAAGAUGAAACCACAACAGAAAGACCUUAUAAAGAAAUAAUAAAAAAUACGGAGAAAAGCCAGAGCAUAGAAGAAAACAGGCCUAAUGCUAGUGCAGAAGAUACAUACUCAUAUCCAACUUAUUACUUAAAUAAGAAAGAAAGUGAGAUAACUCUGAAUCCAUCUGCUGAGGAAACAGAAGCCAGUGGGGAGGACACAGAGCGCUCUGAAUCAGAUGAUCCUCUGGAGGAGUGUCGAAGAAUUUUUUAUGAGUUUGAAAGAGAAGCACAAAAGAAGGGUGUUGAUGAGAAGGUACAUAAAGAAGUGGUGCCUUUCAAAGCAUCUCCUUGGCAGCAAGGUCAUGAUGCCAAAAUUCAGCAAGGGUACUGGGAGACAGUGAAGUCUGCAGCUGCGGCGGAAAGAGGACAAGCUUUUAUUGCUACGACUUCUGAAGAGAAGAAAUCCACAUCUGGAUUCUCAUCUACUCAAUUUGGAAGUGUUACACCAAUGGCCUCUUCAAAUUUACUUGAAGUUAAGCCCCUUGAAACCUGCAGUGGUCAGCUGUGUGUACUACUGGGAGGAAAUGUUGCAACAGCAACGCCUCAUGGACUUCAUAUUAAUUCAUUCAAAAGCACCAUCCUUGUGCCAUGCAAGACUUCUACACAGAGAGGGCCUUCUAUUUCACAAUCAAGAUCCAAAGUGCCACUCGAAACAAGACAUCGAUAUAUCAACAUAUUUUUUGCAGAAUGCUUCAAAUCUUGUAGCACAGUGAAUGAAGCUAUCAACAAAGCCCUGAUGGAAGAGCAAUCUAUUUAUGACCGUUGUGGCAGUAAAAAAAUGUACCUCAAUUUUGCUGCGAGGACUCUCAAAAAGCUGAGAGAUCAUGGGCAACUCAGUAACAGCAUAUCUUCCAGUGGUGCUGGAUCAAGUCAAAUGAUGAGGAAGUCAAAUGAUGAGGAAGCAUUUACAGGUAGUGCUCUAUAUAAACUUUUAAAAGAUUAUCUUCUGACUGAGGAACAAUUGAAGGAAAAUAAUUUCCCGCGACCAAAUCCUAAAAAAAAUGGCAGUGCCAUCCUUACUGGGGUUGUAAAAAAUGCUGGAUGUGAUGAUUUCAAAAGAGUGUGCUGCAGGUGUGGCAAAGUAUAUGCUGUUACUUCUACAGGAGAACAUAGACGUAAAGAAGAAUGCAGCUAUCACUCUGGUAGUGUGUUGGAACAAAAAGUUCCUGGUGGCGUGGAAAAAUGCUAUAGUUGCUGUGAGAGAAUAGUUGGAUCUGCUGGAUGUCAGAUUGCAAAGCUGCAUGUUCAUGAUGGAAGAGGGAAGAAGCUGGAAGGCUUCAUGAAGACAUUAAUUAAAUCACCACCUUUUGAUAGAAACUAUGGUGUAUAUGCUCUGGACUGUGAGACGUGUUACACAACCCGUGGCGUGGAACUAACUAGAGUGACAGUGGUGGAUGCUAAGCUACAGGUUGUCUAUGAUACAUUUGUUAAACCAGAUGGUAAAAUUAUAGACUACGAUAUAAGACUCUCUGGAGCAAUGGAGGAUGAUCUGAAGAAUACCACAACAUCUCUUCGGGAUGUACAAGCAAUACUGCUGAACUUGUUCAGUGCAGAGACCAUUUUAAUUGGCCAUAGCUUAGAAAAUAACUUAUAUGCUCUCAAGCUGAUUCAUGGCACAGUAGUGGACACGUCAAUAGUGUUUCCUCAUCGGCUAGGUUUGCCUCACAAAAGAGCACUUGGAAGUCUGAUGGCUGACUACCUCAGGAGAAUUCAUCAAGAUGAUGUUGGUGGUCAUAAUUCCAGGAACAAUGCAGUUGCUUGUAUGGAACUAAUCCUUUGGAAGGUCAAGGAGGAUAAGAAAAGGAGAAAACGAUGACGAUUAUAGCUUUGGAGGAACAAGGUGUGGGGGCAAAAUCUACUUCAGUUUGGCUUGCUGCUCUGUAAUGCUUCAGUAUUAUUGUUCUGAUGUAAAAAAGAGGAAAAUGGAAAAAAUCUAAUGGGAAAACCUGACUGUAUCUGCUUCUGAGGCUUAAGAUGUACAGGAAGGAGAAAACACAAAUGCACAAAAUACGAGUAAGAUGUUCAAAGUAAGUUCUUGUGUUAAACAGCAAACCUGUGCAUUUUUUUUUCCUGUUCUGUUAAGAUUAUUAUUUCUAUAGUUACCAUUACUACUGUGGCUGAAAACUAGCAUUUGCAGUAAGUGAAAAUACUUAUUUUUUUAAAAUUCUGGAUAUAAUUUUGGAUUUUGCCUUGUUCAGCCUGUGAAAUAAAACUUAAUUCACACAGCAGAAA